AUGCCUAUGAAAGUUUGCAAAAUGGGGAGCCAAAUAUUGAUGAUAGGAGUAUUGGUAAUGUUGCUAUCGAGUGUGACAUUGGUGUCUAGCCUUACAGAUAUGGAGUGCUCCAGCGUGACGGCCCUUGUAUCCGCUUGCUACACCUUCAUAACGUAUGGCUCACCGGACCCUUCUCCGGGGUCUCCAUGCUGUCAUUCCAUGGUAAGUCUCAAAAUGGUUUCCGAUCCCACUGUUGAAAAUCGGAGAUUUACUUGUAGAUGCUUGAUGAGCCUCAUUUCCACUUACAACCCUAAUGGCUAUGCGCUUGCUACUUUGCCCGACCUUUGUGAGGUCUCUUUGGGUUUUAACAUUGAUCCUAACACUGAUUGCAACUUGAUACCAUGA